CCAGUCCCAGGGAUACAGGAGAAAUAGCGAAGGGACGUCUCGGGAGUGGAUAUUACUCAAAGUUUGCGGGGAGGUUGCCUGGAAAUUUAUUGUUUUCAUCUCAUCGAAGGAGUCCGGCCGUCACCGGCAGGAUGGACAUAUAAACCUUUUGAGCCGCAGAGCUCGGCGUGAGCUGGAAGACAUCGCCGACCGACCGAGCAGAGCCCGUUGACCCUCCGUCACCUCCUCCUCCCGAACCUCACGCAGCCUCUAUGCACAUCAAUGUGAGCGUGGCCAUCAAGGAAUCUCGUGCCUUUCAUGGAACACCGCCCGCCCGUACCGACGCCGUGGAAGUGACAGCCAUGGAUUCGCACGUGGCACAGGUCACUUCUCCACCGCCUCCCCUGGCGGCAGCGGCGGCGGCGGCGCCACCGCCUCCUCCUCCGCCGCCCCCUCCCCCUCCUCCGCCCCCUCCCCCACCCGGAUCCUCCGCCUUAUCUCUGAGCCGCUCAGGUAGUGUCAGCAAGAGCCGCCUGAGGAAGCUCAACUGGGAGCGCAUCCCUAAAGAGAAGGUCGAGGGGAGAAAGAGUGUGUGGAGCGGGGCGGGCCCGGGGGAGGACGAGUUCCCCAUCGACCUCCACUCUCUGGACGAGCUGUUCAGCCAGAAGGACAGUAAGCCUCAGGACAGGACCGGCACCUUGAGACGGCGGUCCACGCUGCUGCGCAGCAGAUCCCCCCAAGAUAACGCGGAAGAGAUCUCCCUGCUGGACUCCAAACGCAGUAUGAACAUUGGAAUAUUCCUACGCCAGUUCAAGAUGCCUGCUAAGGAGAUAGUGGAGGAUAUCAGGCAGGGUGCCGGAGACCGCUACGGUGCAGAAAAGCUGACAGAGCUCUGCAAAUUGCUGCCCGACAAGGAGGAGGAAUCUCGCCUGAAGAGGUUCAGUGGGGAGCGAAGCUGGCUAGGAGAGCCUGAUGUGUUCAUGCUUCUGCUGGUGGAAGUGCCCAGCUUUCGGCUACGUCUGGAUGCCAUGAUCCUGCAACAAGAGUUUGACCCCGCUGUGACCUCCCUGUGUGUGGCAGCCAGAUGUCUGAGGGAGGCGGCCAGAGAACUGCUGAGCUGUCCAGAACUGCACUCCAUACUCCGUUUGGUGCUGAAAGCAGGGAACUACAUGAAUGCUGGUGGAUAUGCGGGAAACGCUGCUGGUUUUCGGAUUUCGUCACUACUUAAACUGGCUGAUACCAAAGCAAACAAGCCGGGCAUGAAUCUGCUGCAUUUUGUUGCCAUGGAAGCUGUGAAAAAGGACCAGAGUUUACUGUCGUUUCCCAGCCAACUAGGCCACGUCGGCUCAGCCUCAAGGUUAUGUGAGGAGUCAGUCCUGGAUGAUUUAUCCAGGUUGAAAAGCAGAGUGGUUUCCCUGAAGAAAAACAUAAAAACUGAGGCUGAGAUUCAGCAGCAUAUACACACUUUUUUGGAGAUGGCAGAGGAGCGUCUGAAGGAGGCAGAUGACGAGGUAGAAGGUAUGAGGAUGUCGAGUCAGGCACUUGUGGAGUUCUUCUGUGAAGAUGACAGCGCUUUUCAACUAGAGGAGGCUUGCAAAGUCUUCCAUUUGUUUUGCCUUCGUUUUCAAAGAGCUGUGCAGGAAAAUGAAGAACGAGAGCUGAAGGAGCAGAAACGCCUGGAACGUCAGCGUGAAAUUUUAGAGAAGCGUCGCUCUGUGGCUGUAUGUACGGGGCUGGAGCUGAGCCUCAGCCUCGCCAGGGAACAUCACAGUCAGGAGAACCAAGAUGAGCUGGAGAAACUACUAGAGAAGAACUUAACCCACACUUGGAAUCGUCGCAGCUUGAGAAGCUUUGAAUCCCACAGAUAUACCCACCACUUCCAAACUGAUGGCCAACCCCACAGUUCAUCCACACUCAGGACUUUCCCUGAGCUGGGCAGCAGCCCGACUUCAACGAGUUGUCACUCAAACAGCUCCUCUGACCACGAGACCACUGCUGUGCUUUGCAGCUCCCCAGAGACUGACGGCACAUGUUCCCCCACUGACCAAGAAGCCGUUUCUGACAGAAGGAACAGGAACCGACACGGCCCAGCAACGAACACGAGGCUGAGAAUGGAAACCAUUCAAGACUCGUUUACAGCAAAAUUCAGUUCUUCUCAGCAAGAAAGUCAUCUCACAGUGAAGCGCCAUGGACCUGAAAGGAUUCCUCAUGUGCUGGCACGUCAAUCAAAGGCAAAAGGAUGUGAAACUGAAGAUGUUUUUUUGCAUGAACAUGUUAAUUUGGGAAACAGUUCCCUUACAAACUCUGUUGCUACAAAUACUGAUGCAUCAUCUAAGUUUAUCAAAAACCAGCCUUCCACUUCCAGAACCCAGUUUGGCCUUAAUGUUACAGACGAUCAGUGUUCUCCUCAGAAUAAGUCUGAUGGUUCGUGUGACGGAGAGGCCGCACCGCAGCCUGUUCAUGAUGGUAGAGUACGCUCUCACGGUGACAGGCCGAGGCUGUUGCGUUAUCAGAGACCUGAGUCCAAAUCGCUAUCAUCUGUAAAUGUAUCUGGUAAAGGUAAACCACAUCCUCAAUCAAGAGACGCACCUUCUCCUAAAACAAGUCCUACUGUGCCUUUGCCUGAUGGAGGUUUAACACAACAGGCAGCUCCAGAUGUGGCAUCCACACCUGUGGAGGAGAGCUGGAGGCCCACCAGUCUACCAGAGUUAAGUCAGUCGGAGCCUGAUGAAGUGUCCGACUUGCUGAACCCUGAGGGGGAGCUGGCAAGACCCUACUCCCGUGUGGGUGAAACACUGGAGUGCCACACACUGGUGAAAGGCCUUCGGUCCUAUGAUACAUUGUCGUCCCCCCUCCCAAGACCUGUGCCAAGCCUCUGUUCCAAAUGGAGGAAGGAGAGGGAGGGUGACCUUCGAGAGGGGGCGACGGCAGGGUCCCCGACAUCAAAGGAUGAGCCUCGAACCAUGAAGACCCCAGUGCGCAGUGGGAUUGGAGCCAAGAGGGUACUUGGGUCACGUGCAGGUCCUUCCAAUAGUACUGCCAUCCCCAGGGUGCGCUCUAAAACGGAGAAUUCAAAUGCAGCCCCAACCCCUACCAACCCCCCGACUCCUACUAGGCUUUCUAAUCCUCGCGGCAAAUCGCUGCGCUCUUCUCCUGUGACCCGGCCAGCGGUUAUUCAGACCGAGGUGAAACGAAGCAGCAGCCCACUGGAGAGAACAACAAGCCAGCGGCAGCCUCCAGGAAAGGCUUCGCUGCCUCGCAGGACUUCAGACAGAUGUACACCUGAGAAGGUCUCUGGCAGCUCUAAGCCAGCAUUCAUCAGGGGCAGCCCCCUCCGUGUGUCCAAACGGGUCGCCCCCAAUUCUGAGAUGCAGGUACCAUCUCAGCCUGGCGCUGCCAACAGCCAGUCACCUGCCACAGCGAAGACCAUACGCACUACCGUCACAUCAGCCGCUCGAAAUAAAAGCCCCAAGAGGACAGGCGCGGGCUCCUCUCCUGUUGGCUCCAAGAUCCCGACAGCUUCACGAAUUCCUGGUCCCAAAAUGGCUCGAGCUACUGGAACACCACCACUGUGGAGGUGAUGGGAGAAAAUGUUGUAAAACUUCCUCAAAAUCUUCCCACAUUUUGAUGGAUUCAAGCCUGCAUUUUCAUGCAGAGUAUGACUCGUCUUCUUUCGCUUUCUGUAGCUCAGAUCAAUUAUUUUUAUUUGAAAUUCAUACAUAGGUUUGAGCACAUGCUUAAGUAAAAGAAGCUACUCUGGGAGCAGUACUCUUAUGCGUCACUUAAUGGCAGGAUAGUGCUUCCUCUCCAAUCUACCUCUUUUCACACCCAUUCAUGUCCUUUGCAGGCAAUUGGACAGCAAAAGAAAACACGUCUGACAGUAACCAUUCCCAUGUAGAGCAGCUUAACACCCGAUUCACAUUUAAUGAAGCGCUACCAGGUGAACUCUGCUCUAUGCCUAGUGUGUACAAGGAUGCUUCAAAAGAAUUUUAAGUUGGUAAAGGGCUCCUGUCUCUUUAGCGUGGAAAAAUGGGAGUUUAUUUUAUGUUAGGAGCUUGUCCAAAUGUUGUGAAUACUGUGACCCGUCUAAGAGAUCAUUGUGUUCUCAAACUUGGCUGUCUCUCAGUCUGAACUGAACUUGGUACAAUAUUGAACUGCUUAUCUUCUGGUUGAGAGGCCCCAUUAUUCUGAUGCACUUUAAAAACUGAAGAAGGGGGCUGCACAGAGAUGGCUACUGUAAUUUUUGUUUUCUAUUUUAUAUGGAAAGAUUCUAUAACUUUAUUGAAUAGCAUUGUUGUUAUUCACUGUAUUAUGUUGAUUUGUAAAUAAGA